GUUGAUGGGUUAGGUACGUAAGUAGGUAGUCGACGCCAAGGUUUACACGCGUGCAGUGUGCCGAAUCUGGCAGACGCUGGUUUUAGAGAAUGGAUCCGCUAUUAUAGUGCGUCAACCAAUGAACGGCCCCUAAAUACUGUCACCACGAUGGACCCGGAUUUCAAGCUUCAAGUUCGUUUCACAAACAAGAGACUUGUCCGCACGCCGCAGGUCGGGCGCCUACCCUCAGCACGCCAUGUCUCAAAAGAUCACAGGCAAAAACUUAUCGUACGACACGUCUUUACCGCCAUUCCUACAGGCCUUACGAUCACAGACUGGCGGUAGUGACCAGCCUCAGACAACUGGACAGAGACGUGCUGCGAAGAAGCGCUCGGACAGCGAGGACGCUGAAGACGUUCCAGUCGUCGUCGAUGAGAAUGGCAAUGUUGUGACGGUUGAGGUUGAUAAAGAAGGGCAGGUGAAGCCAGGGGAGGCGCUCGACCCAACGACUGUGGAAGGUCCUGAAAAGGAUGAAGUGAAGGAAGCAAAGACAGAUGCUGAGACCGCCAAGGCUGCCAUUGGAGGCCGGAAACGCAAAGUCGGAAGGCUCAUCGGCGACGCUGGGAGCCCUGCGGAACAGGACGAGAAGGACGGGGCAAAGGACAAGGUCAAGCAAGAUGAGGCGCCCAAAGCCAAGAAACCCAAGAAGAAAGCACAAAAAAUCAAGCUCAGCUUUGAUGAUGAAGACUGAGCGUGUGCCUGAGCUUUACUGGCCUACACGAGCAGUGCCUUGCACAUCGAAGCACACAGAAGAUUUAAGCAUGGCUACCAGUUGCCGUCAGGUCUACUAUACACCGGCUGUCGACGUCCUGGCUCUGGAUCACCCGCGCACAUAGUGGCACGGGACUUGAGAUCUAGUUCACAGUUGCAAUGGGCGCCAGUCACGACACAGGAACACGC